AUGAAAAAUAAUUUGAAUUUUGAAAAAGUGAUGGAUCCGAAUCAUAUCACUGAUCACAAAACUAAUAGUAAAAGUAGUAGUAGUAGUAGUGGUAACUGUGGGAAUAAUAAUGAUAGCAGCAGUGGUGGUAGUCAUAAACGAAGUAAAAGUCAGCAACAACAACACACAACCAAUCAUCAAACACAAUGUGUUCACCAUAAAAAAAAAUUUAAAUUCAUAUGUCUGAAUUGUAAUGAAGUACUUUGUUCGAGUUGUAUCAUUGAACCACCGCAUCGCGGUCACACCUUUGACGAUACCAAUAGCAUUGCCAGUAUGAACAGUGGCAACCACUACUCACAACGACUCUCACAUCUGUGGCUGCGAAUGAAGCAGUUGGGCGACGACUACGAAACUUUUAUGGCUACCGAACAGAAGGUCAGUGAGUUCUACAGGAUACUUCACGAGUUUCUCAGAGUCGAAGAACAAAAGACAAAGAAACCCAUCAAACAACAACGCGAAAUCACAGAGAAAACAAUAGAGUCUAUCUUGAACGAAAUCAAGUCGAUUAAUGACAUCAUCUUGGAACUCCAAUUGUUAUGUAAUCAGAAUUCAACAACUUCAGAUUCUGAAGGAUCUGAAGAUAAUAAUAAUAAUAACAAUAAUAAUAGAAAUAAGAAACAAAAAGUUAAUCAUAAUAAUUCUACCAAACAAGAUAAAGAUAUUAAUAUAAAGAAGAAGGAGGAUGAAGAAGAAGUAGAAGAAGUAGUACAAACAAGACAAGAACAAAAUGAACAAGAAGAACAACAACAACAACAAAAUAUAUUUAAAGAUGAAAAUAAUAAUAAUAGUAAUAAUGAUGAUAAUGAAAGUAAUAAUAAUAAUAAUAAUAAUAAUAAUAGUAUAGAUAUAGAUAUAGAUAAUAAUAGUUUAAGUUUAUUACAUAAUCAAACAUCACCGUCAACCAAUUUCACUCAUAAUGAUGUCAAUGUAAUUAGUAUUAGUACGAUUAUAAAAUCAGUGAAAUCAACUGAUAGUUAUGAAAAUUUUAUUAGUGACAAUCAGUUGAUAUUUGGAAAUAGUAUGACAAAGUAUAAUAAGCAAGCACUGCUCUCAAAGAUUCAACAGUACUCCAUUGCCUACAAGAAUGUAGACUACAAGAGUCCGCUAAACUAUGAGGUGGUUUUCGAUAACGAUAAAUUGUUGCUGCUCAAAGAGCAGAUUCAAUCGGUUUCAGAGUUGGUCGAUAAGAACUCGAUAUCACGCUCACUCAAGAUCUUCUCGAUUGGCAAGGAAGGCAGCUUUGUUUUCGACCCGUCGUGCACCGCCUGGAGCAAGCUGGAGAGCGACACUGUAGAGCGCAAAGUAACUCUAAACUCUGUGGUAUCGGUCGGUGAGUACGUCUAUAUUUUUGGAGGAAAGGAUGGUGACCGCUCACCUGUUUACUCGCGCUACUCGCUCAACGCCAACAAGUGGACGUCGACAGAGAUAACCCGCGUCAAAGGUCAGUCGCUGCUAUUCUCUGUGUGCUCCGAUGGCAACAACUCGAUCUAUCUGGUGGGAUGCAGUCUCGACUCGUUCGAUAGUCCUUCUUUUGUCUACAGAUUCGACAUUCACUCUACGAAAUUCACUAAACUCGCCGAUAUAAAGAGGACCGCUCACGCAUCAAUGACAUUCUUUCACAAAAACCAUAUCUACAUAUUCAAUGGACUCAAUCAACAGAAAUCGAUUAUGACCUACGAUGUCCAGCAGGCUACAGGCGAAACGAAACUGUUCAUUCCCGACGUCGGAUUUGGAAGUCCAACUGUUUCCUGUUGCUACGACGAGCUCGAUCACGUUUACAUUCUCGAGAGAAACUACAAGUUCUACCGAGUGUCACUAUCGACCAAGGAAACCACCGAACUCAAAUCACUGGCAUUCAAAGUGAACAGACAGGUAUCGAUGAUGAUCAUAGACUCCAUUCUCUAUCUGAUCGGUGGAAACAUGAGUGGAAACUACAAAUACGGUUUAGAAUCAAACGAAUGGGAAUUAUUGAACGAUGACGACAAAGUCGAUAGGUUUUGGUAUGGUGCAUGUAUAGUUAAAUUAAAAUGA